GUUUUGUGAUCACUGCCUUAUAACGCAAUACUUCAACCGCGACACAAUUGCAAUACAUGGCAGAGUUACGCAGAAGAAGAACAAACAUGAGCGAAAUAACCACGACCAAGCUGAUGAAUGAGGAUAGCAAUGACACGGAUGGUGAAAGAUCUGAAAACAGCUGUGACUCCUCUGAAAACAUUAGCUCGCAAGGCGAUGGUCAAGAAAUACCAUUAGAACAACAAGAAGAAGAGGAAAAACCAUUAGAAUAUGUGGACAGUGUCGACGUAACAGUCGAAAGUAGGGGUUGUGAGGACGACAGUUCGAGUAACACAGGUUCUGAAGGCGAGAAAGAUUCAGAGGGGGUAGCAAACGAAGAUACCACUAGUGCAAGUAGUAAAGAAAGCGAAAAUGACCAGGACCAUGCUGGCGAAAAUAGCGACGAAGAUGUAGACGGAGAAAGUGUAACAUGCGCUCUGCUUGGUCUCGAGCAAGCCAAGGUAAACUUAAUACGCUAAUAUCAUAUUUCUACAUAAGUAUCCGGUCCAUUUUUAUUUCCCUACUUCUUUUGGCAAUGUAAGAGUAUAUAAACUAAAAAGAGUAGAUAAGUAUAAGUAUGUGAGGAAAGCGUGUAUUUCGCGUGCUCACACGUGGAUUGUACAAACUUUCAAUUGAUGUGAGCCACCUUGUUGUCAAUUUCAUAAUUAUAGGAUCACGACAUGGAAGUAUUUUAUUCUUGAAAGGUGUUUUGGCAAGAAAGGCCCAGCGAAUUUGUGGUUCCGUUUCUUUUUGUCUGCUGGUUACGUAAGAACUCUGUGAACUCACGAGACCAUAUCACGCCACACGAGCAGAAACAGGUCAAGAUGGCUGGGGAUUGGCCAGGUGCUGUAAAAAUGAACGAGGCCAACAUCCAGCCAUCUUAAAAGAGCCAGCUUAGAAGAAAUAAAGGGUAUAAAAAAAAUUGUGUGGCCAAGAGAACGUUUUUCUUCAGGGACAAAUGUGGGAAAUCUUUGCCCACCCACAUAGCCAAACAGAACAAAAGAUUUGCUUCAUCUUGCCUGCUUGUGUAGGAGCCAUUAUAAAUGAGGUUUCUUUCUAUUUUUAAUUAAAUUUACCCCAACAAAUUAAUUAUCUCUGACCGAUCUGACUCGCUUCAGAUCCUCUUCACUUGACCCCAAAUUUAUUACAAGUGGUCAGAGUGGUUCGGAAUGAGUACCGAUCGCGCGAUCUGAACUCCUGAAGUCGUACGUCUGAGUUUGCACUAGUCCCGGUGUUUAUUAAAAUUCCCAGUAAUGUAUUUGAGCACAGGUUAAAUUGGAGGUUUUUGCCUGGUUUUAAUUAAAAUUUCAAAAGUUAAUGUUUAUUAGAAGAUUCUAUCAACCUACAAUGUAAAAGAAAGAUAAAAUUAAUAUUGAAUUGCCUAUACCAUGCAUGUUUUACUGUGGUCUUUCAAUGGCACUGGUACCCAGUUAUGUCAAUGAAACAGUGAACCACUUUUGGUGAUAAGAAUUUACUGCCUCUUGUAGUAUUGAAAGUUAAUUGCUUUGUUUUUAUUCAUGGAAGUUUGGAAGAGGAUUAAAGUCUCUGUUAGGUUAUCUAUCUGAAGUGUUUUAUUUAGUUUUAUUUAUUUAUUUUUCAAUCUAAAAGGGAAUCUAUUUUUGCCAUUUGAAUGAUUAUUAAAAAGGAGUAUGUGAAAAGUAUAUUCAGUUUGUUUUGCUUGAGUUUAGCAUUUUUAAGUUAAUAAUUAAGUCUGUUGACAUGUCAAAUUGCCUACCACUUAACAGGAAUGCAGAUGACUAGCAUCUACAGCUGUAUGUGCGAACAUGUUUUAGGUGUAACAUGCAAAUGCUGUUAGUUCUUGCCACCUGUUGUUUCUUAGCAACAAUGACAUGGUUUAUACACUGUAGGAAUUAAUACCAGCCACUUUGUUUGACCAAUUCACUCUGUAAACUACUUUACUCCUGUGGAAACAUUUCACGGCUGGCUCUCAGACUAUGGAGAAAAGUCAUUUUCUUGGUUUGUUUUAUUGUUUUAUUUGUUAGUAUUAAGAAGCAAUUUUAGGGAGCCUCAAUGUUUUUUGCGGGUGAACCAUUCUUUACUCUGCUCUCAUUGUGGAUAGCUCCACUUUGAAAUGUUCUGCAGUAAUAUUGGUAUAGGACAUUUUAUGGAGCCAAAACCAAUUAUGGAGUUGCAUGCAUUUAAGUUAUUUUACUGAUGAAUGGUUUCGACAGUUAGAUAUUUGCAGCAACACUUUAUUAUAGUUUAUCCCCUUUGAAUUAUGGUACGGGGCUUGAAUUAUCAUUGCAGGAUGACACAGAAAAAAAAGUAUAUUUGUAAAAUAUACUUAAUUUAAGCCUGCAGGAGUAAUGACAGAAAACUCAGAAUUAAAAUACUGUAGUGAAAAACAGGGGCUACGUAAAGUUAUGUAGGCAAUACAUGAUAGGGUUUCAGGGCUGGUGCAAGGCUUUCAAGUUGUGUUCAUACAAAAUUUAGUAGGUGGGGAAGGAAACAGCUAAAAAUUUGUUUUGGUUUCAUUUUUCUUUUGCCUCCUACAUAAUGUAUGAAAUUAGGUGGGAGGGGCGGUGGGGGAAGAUACCUAGCCCCCCUGGCCCAAAGUGACAGCCCUGGGCAUAUUUAAAGUCCCUUUCCCCCAUACUUUGUUCACAUCAGCUGUCUCUAUCAGCAGCUAUCUUCAUCAAUGUACUCUAUUCAUUCUCCUUUCCCAUCCCAUCUUAUAAGUUAGUCUUUAAAGUUACUAAGUUUUCCUCGCAUAAUGAUGACAAUGAUUGCUAGUGUUAUUAAAAUGCAUGUCUUUUUUUUAGGUCUUUAUAGUCAAAGGAGAGGAAAACUUGCAUGUUAUGUUCCAAGCUGUUAAGGGCAAUGUGCAAGAUACAGCUGUUAAAAUCAAGGGAAACAUGCAUGACGCUGCCGAGAAAAUGCAAGAUAACAUACAUGAAGCGACUGAGAAAAUGCAGGUGAUGCUUAAAUCAACCAAAGAAAACAUGACUGAUGCUGCUGAACGAGUUCAAGUCAUACUAAAAACGGCCAAAGACAAUGUGCAAGAAAGCAUGCAUGAUGCUGCUGAUAAAGCUGAGAGGAUCUCAAAGAAAGCAAUGGAAUUAGCACGCUCUGGAUGGUAUCUCCUCUCGCAUUUCGAGCUUCCAGAAUGGCUUCGUGACAAUGACUUUUUAUCGCACCAUCACCGACCUCCCAUGCCUUCAUUUAGGUCUUGUUUUAAGAGCAUUUUUAAAAUUCACUCUGAAACUGGAAAUAUCUGGACCCAUUUGAUUGGGUUUGUGGCCUUUAUAUGCGUCAUGUUGUACAUGUUUUUGCGACCAAUCACCAACACCAAUCCAUUUCCAAAAGACUGGCAGGAGAAGCUGGUAUUUGGUGCCUUUUUUGCUGGUGCAAUAUUGUGUUUGGGGUUCUCGUGGCUUUUCCAUACUGUUUACUGUCACUCUGUUACUGUGUCCAAAGUUUUUAGCAGGUGAGGUUUUUUCUGCGUAUGUGACUUUCCUUCACAUGUAAAUCAGCAUGCAUAUUCUCUGCACAAUUCUCUUAUCUUAUUCAUAUACUGUAUAUAUAUACAUGUGUGGUACUGUAGACCUGGAACAUAUUUUUUCUAGGUAGCAAAAUCCAAUUUUCUAAUGAUGUUUAUAUCUGAUCAGGCAAAGUCAUUCCAAGGCCUGGCUUCACAUUGGUUAACCUAAUGCUAAUAGCACAGGAGCAAUAGAUCUUGCCUAUUUAUGGGCAUUAUGUUUGUUACAUGUGAAGUUCAAAGACAGUUUGACUAGGGCAAAAGGAGUAACAAAUUGUUUAUCCUGUUUUUUUCUCUUAUAAGAGGUUAAUUAAAGGGUUAACUUAUUAAUUUAUAAAAAAAAUAGGUUUUUCUUUUGGUAUAAAUUAGAGCAUUAAUUUGUGUACAAUAAUAUGUAUACUUCUGAUCUAGCAGGGGAUAUUAUUUUUGUAAAAUGCGGAACGCUGAAUGAUUCUGGAGUCGUGCUGUCAGGGUUGGGGAAUUAAGUGAAUCAACUUUCCAGUCAGGGUUAUUAUACAGGGCAAAUGGAACAGAAACUUCACAAUUGUCUAGCCCUUAUCUGGAUAACACCUUCCACUGGAUAAAUCUCUAUCCACUGGAUAGCGCAAUAUUUAUUGGUUUCCUGAAUACUUAUUCGCUGGAGAGUGAUUAUGCAGUAGAAAGCACUAUCCAGGUUUUUAACAUCUGGGACCUAGGGUCAUUGGCAAUUAACCCUUUAAGUCCCAAUAGUGUGUAACGUCAAUGUUCUCCUAACGAUAUCCAUACAAUGUCAAUAGAUUAGGUUAUGAGAAUUAAUAAAGUGAUCACCUAGGGGAAAAUGCCUUGAUCUUUUAUUAAAUUCUCUCAACUUAUUCUUGAAGGAAAUGUAUAGAGAUCAGUUUGGAGAAUUUGUAUGUGGAUAUUGGGGCUUAAAGGGUUAAGGGUUAUCCAAACUACUCAUGCUGCUUUCACUAUACUCAAGCUUUCAUGUACAGUGUAUCAACAAUAAUUUCUGUGGCUAACACUAAUGUUAUUGAUUUUUUCUUGACAGGCUUGAUUACUCAGGAAUUGCUAUGCUGAUCAUGGGUUCGUUUGUGCCUCCUCUUUACUAUGGGUUCUAUUGUUCAAGAGUUCUUAAAAUUGUUUACAUGUCAGUGAUCUGUUCCCUUGGUAUCAUGUGCAUUAUUGUUUCAUUGUGGAGCAAGUUUAACACUCCCAAGUACCGAGUACUCAGAGCAGGUAUGAUCAGGUCAUUUUUAAAUUAUAUAGAAAACCAUAAGAGAGCAAGAACUGUUACCCCCUCAGAUUAAAGACUCCCAAUUCAAAAGGGAUAAAAGUUCAAAAUCUGCAAUAGUACUAACGCUGAGUGCCACCUUCACUUAUACUGAUCAAAGAUAUCAUAGGUUAUAGAGUGUUCUUUCAGGACUAGGAAUUGAAAAGUUCUCCAGAGACUGAAAAAGAAAGGAAAACUCAAAAUUGCUUAUUAUAAUUUAUUGUCCUUUCACUUAAUAUUGUUUUUUUUGUAAAUGCCAUAAAGCUUUUUGAAAUCCCCUUUAUGAGAAAGCCCUUUCCUUUUAAAAUGCUGAAAUGUUGAAAAAGUGUGCUGGAGGCACGACAUAACAGUAGGCAAGAACUUUUUACAUCACACAUUACUCAAAAUUCAACGAUUUAUUCAUACUUUUUUUUUUCCGUCAGGUCUGUUCCUUACAUUUGGAUGUUCAGGAAUUGUUCCAGCUAUUCAUUUCAUGGCCGCAUAUGGUGUGACGCUUGCUCAUCGCCAGGCUUCUGUUGGCUGGAUGGCUCUUAUGGGAGUCUUGUACAUAGCUGGUGCUAUCAUGUACGCUACCAGGGUUCCAGAAAGAUGGUUUCCUGGCAAGUGUGAUAUCUGGGUAAGCAGCCAGUUUAGCUUCUUAUCUUUCACCUCAGAGUUUCUUGUCCUGCAAUGUUCAGCCUAAGUAAUUAAGGGUGCAUUUGAUUGACCUUGUUCCAGAGUCAGAUUAUUUGAAACUAAUUAAGUUAAGAGAUAGCUUGUUGUAGGUGCUCAUUGCAUUGCACUAUGACUUUGCAACUGUGGCUCCUUUAAAAUCCUGUUGGGCGAAAAAAAUUGGAGAGAGGGGGGGGGGGGGGCGCUAAAAUUACAGUGAUUAACUGAAGAAAUAGAGUUGAUUUUGGUACUUCUAACAGGGAAGUUUGAGAAUUUGAGAUUCAUCUAAACUCACAUCUAUGCAUGUUGUUUGUUUUUUCCUUACAGUUCCAAAGCCACCAAAUCUUUCAUGUCCUCGUGGUUGCUGCAGCCUUUGUUCAUUUGUAUGGAAUCUGCCAGAUGGCAUAUUACAGGUUUCACCAUGGCACAGCAUGUGAAAACUGAACUAAGGGCUUAAACCUUUAAGUCCCAAUAGUGACCAAGAUCAAUUUUCUCCUAACAAUAUCCAUAUGUUGCCAAGAGAAAUGGUUAUGAGAGUUAAUAAAAUGAUCACCUAAGAGAAAAUGCUUUGAUCUUCUACCAAAUUCUCUCAACUUAUUCCUUAAGGAAAUGUAUAAAGACCAGUUUGGAGAAUUUGUAUGUGGAUAUUGGGGCUUAAAGGGUUAAGUACAAUUAUUGUACAAUUUGGGGUUUCAUUUGUUAUUCAAAGUUAAUGUAUGCAGUUCUGUUUGACAGAAUGUUGUCUCCAACAAUCUAAUGUACAGCAUUUAUUUUGUAAGUUAGUGAUAGGCUAGUGUUUUGUAGUUUUUAAAGUUAGCAAAACAGUUUGUAAAUAUAAUUAUAAGACUUUUUACAAUCAAUCAUUGGGUUUAAAAUAAAGCUUAAAAUUUUUAUGUAGGGUUAGUUUUACUAAGACUGUUGCCCCUUCUAAGCGCACAUUUUUUCCUUUCCUGUAUCCCAUAAAUCAGUCUUUUACUGCAGAUAUAUGUGCUUGUCAAGCUACACUGAUCUUUACGGGCCUUCCUCAUGGUUUGUUCCAGAGGUAAAAGUACUGUUUUCCAGAAAAAUGCUUUGGAGUUGUAAGAAAACAUUGUUUCUUUGCCUAUCAUACUUUCAGUACACAUUCUGGUGAGCUGUGAUACCACAUAAUUAACCUUUUAAGCCCUUGGAGUGAUCAGCACCAAAUUUCUCCGUGUUUUAUCAAUGCUGUUUAAAACAAAGUGGUCAUAAAAAUUAAAGACAUGAUCACACAAGAUGAAUUACCUUGAUACUUGAACAAUGUCUCCCUUCUUCUUCCAUAGAGAAUGCAUUGGGCAACAAGUGAAAAUUUAGAUUCUGAUAUACAGUUCAAAGAUUAUCAUUCAGAUUAUGACUUAUUUAAGGUAUUGAAUUUGAAGCAAAUGACACAAGGGGGCAUGAUGCUGAAUAUGUCAUUUUUGCUACAUAUUUAACUUUCUUACACCAUUCAGAUCUAUAGAGAAAAUUUAAGUGCCUAAAUGAAAAAUAAUGUUUAUAAUGAUAAAGUUUGUUUUAGUGGAAACUAAAUUCUACCACACAAUGAAGCUUUAUUUUUGUAUAUUACUAUUAUUAUUAUUGAAUGGUCAAAAAGUUUUCUUCUAUUAGGAACUUAAAAAAUAUCAUAAUUUGAUGGGCUGCUUAUCACAUGUUUACCGUGAAAUAUCAAGAAGAAUGUUUUUAUUUGAAGCAGCAUGAACCCAUAAUACAACAGGAGUAUGCCAAGCUUUUCAAGUUAGAGUUUUGCUUGGCUAAUUGCCAAAUAAUAUACUGUCUUAAGGGCAGAGUGUCAGCAAGAUCAAGAACUCCUUGCAAGUCCACUAGAAGUGUUGAAUUCCCUGAGAAUGCACGGGUUUCCUAAUAGUUACUAUACUAGAACAUGCAGACUGUUUUAGUGUCUUAAUUUGGCUAAGGAAUUGUAGGAAAGAAGUCAGAUUUUUAACUACUAGGUCACAAAAUAGUUUUGUACUGAGUAUUCUGGCCUUGAGUGGAAGCGAGGCUGGAGGUGACCGAACCGCUACUACUUUUCGCAUACAGAGGAAGCUCUUGUGAGCGGACACCCUCAGGACGCAAAAAAAAGUGCCCAUAACUGGAGCUGCCUGCUUACAGGAAUGUAAAAAUUCAGUGUGUUUGGGAGGUGAGAAAAAUGGUUUUUUUUUGCAGGUGGCUGUAAUUAGAGCUGUCCGCUAACGAGCUUUCACUGUUAAUGUAAAUCAUGCAUACAAAUGGCACCGAGGUUCACUGGUAUAUCAAGUUUUUAUCCAAACAAAGUCGCUGCCAGCCUUUCUUCCACUAAAAGCCUACAUUGCUCAACACACAACUGAAAAUAGGCCUGACAUUUUGAAGAUGAACGAUGUUAUUUAAAAAAAUUUCCAAUAACUUUUUAUGGCACCUUCAGAGUAGCCUGUGUAGCAAGCGUCUCCAGUCAAGUUAUAGCGCGAAAGUUAUCCUUUUCUUUUUUUGCUCUCGUCCCAACUUUCUCGAUGAACUCGCGCUGAAACGCUUGCUGCGCAGGCUACCUUGAGAGAAUCAAUUUGUACUUUCUUGUUCAAAGGUAAUUUCAGGGAGUGUACCUGCAUAAUUUUAGAAAAGGUAACACAGAACCUCGGGGAAAUUAUC